AUGAAAAUGCCCAUGGCCAAAUUUAAUGUAUUAUUUUGGAUGUUUUAUAUUAAGUCAUUACAAAUAAUUCCAGUAGUUCCACAAAUACAGAAGAUGUAUGAAAUUGAUUUGAGAACUACUUGUCCAACAAGAUAUGACUUUUAUAUAAAAAACUUUAAUUCAUCAAAUAUUUAUAUUCCGAUUAUGGUCGAAAUCAAAUCAUCACAAUCUAAUAUUCAAAGAUUUGUUUGUAUUCAUUUUAAUCGAGCAACUAAUACCUACAUUAAAAAUUUAUAUUAUUUUUUAAAAGAUCUUACAGAAACUAAUCAGAUAUUUUAUAAAUUUUCUUUUACCACAGCUUUAGGAAAAAACAAUAUUCUUAAAACGCAUAUUCCAACAUUAAAAUCUAAAGAAAGCUUAGGAUCUCCACAUGAUACUUUAAUUAAAAAAAAAACCGAAAAUAUUAGCGAUAUACGUUUAAAAAUACAAAAUAGUUUUGCAGAAUUUGUAUUGUUUAACAAGAUUGAAACAAUUUUAUUAUCUCGUCAGCUUCUUAACGAUCUAACAAGCAAGACUGUUUCAAAAGUUGCGCAUUCUUUAGAGAGCAAGGAUUACAUUUUAUCAUUUUUUGAAAGAGACUAUAGUAAGAUUAUAAACUUUUUAAAAGAAUUUGUUUCAUUAUUGCAAGAAGAUAAUGAACUUCUACAGUACAAGCUACCUAUAUUUUUUAUAAAUUUUAUGAGAAAUAACUCAAAUAAUUUUUGGAAAAAUGAGCUUAUGCUUUCUGAUAUAAAUUUUUAUACUUUUAAAGAUAUUCAUUUAUUCACUUGCUUUUUUACAGAUUUAAAAAAUUUAUUUUGUUUAAUUAAGAAUCCAGAUUACAAAUUUGAACUCAAUGAUUAUGAUCAAUAUAUCGGAACACUUUGUGGUAAUCCAUCAGUUGCUAUUUCAAUCCACUUUGAAGAAGAUAUUGACGAAAAAAAUUUAAAAUGCUUUGUUUGCAACAAAAAGAAAAAUGAGUUAAACUUUAAACUAAUGAUUGAUUCAAAAAAAAGAACUGUUUUUUUAAUGUUUGACUUACGUUAUCUGAAAGAAUCUAAUAUAACGCAAUUAGAUUGUAUAGUACAGACACCAAAUAAACACUAUCAAUCAUGUAAUAUUGAUUUAAAAAAUUAUUUAAAAUAA